CGUUUUCACCUUUACCCAACUCACACCAGUCUCACCAAGAUACCAACUCACCGCACAAAUCUAUGUUUAUUUCUCUUUGCAUUUGCAUACUCAUCAACAGAGUAUUUAAUUAAUCUAAUUAAUCAUAGAAAUCCCCACUUUUAAUUAUUCUUUAAUCACCUUUUUUUUGUUAAAGUUUAAAUCUUUGUCAUAUUAAUUACACUAUUUUUAAUAGUUCUGGAUUUCUGACCAUACAAACAGUGAGCUCUGCAAAUCUUUUCUGGGCUUCUCCAACGGAAGAAUUGCAAGGAAAAGUGAGCACAUAGAGAAAAAAAAAAGAAAAAAUAAAGGAGAGAAAAAAUAAAUAUUUUAUAAUUAAUAAAGGGGAAAGCUUUUUUUAUUUCCCCCUUUUUUCAUUCAACCAACAAACAAAAAGUGGAAGGGAAAAAAGUGACAAAAUUUCUUCCUUUAGAUUCUCUCUUCACUUUGAUCUCACGCCUAAAUUAGCUCAUUUCCCAAUUUUUUUUCAACUGGGUUUGUGAUUUUGAACUAGCAAGUUUGUGGGUUAGUUCUCUUUCUUGUUUUAACUGUAAAAUUGCAUCUGGGUUUGUUAAAUUGCAGCAAGAUUUGGUCUUUUUUAUUCCAUUUGGUUGUAUCAGGUAGGUAACGUUUGUUAUUGGUGGGUAAAAUUUUUUGGUUGAUUUUAUGAUGUGGGUUAGGUUUAGUUUUUGUUUCUGGUAAAGAUUAUUUUGGUGUUUUCUGGGCUAUUGCUCUUAUAAAUGAAGUAGUUAGUAAAGAUUUAGUAAAGUUAUUAUCUUUUUGAGUGAUGGGAUACUUUGAAGGAGUUGUAUUUAUCAAUUUAUAGUAAUUUUUGAGUAGUUAGUGUUAUUUUUUUGGUGGAUUUAGUAAAAUUUUUAACUUGGUUUAGGGUUAUUGAUCUGUAAGAAGUUAAGAAUUUGUUAGUUGGUGCUUCUUCCUUUAGCUGAAGAGCUAGGAGGGAGGUUGAGAUUUGCCUAUUGUGGAGAUCUGGGAAUUGUUUCGUGCCCUAUGUCCCAUGAGGACUUUAUUUCAUUCUGAAUCAUGUAAAGAGCCACACCUUAAUGUUCUAAAUCCACAGUCAUGGCUCCAAGUUGAGAGGGGAAAAUUUUCAAAAUUAGCUGCUCAAGCAUCUUCAUCAAUAGGAUCACUUAUCAAGGUUCCCAACCCGCCUAUUGUACCACACUUUAAACCUCUUGAUUAUGUACAAGUAUUAGCUCAAAUUCAUGAAGAACUCGAAUCUUGUGCACCACAUGAAAGGACGAGUUUGUAUUUGUUACAAUUUCAGGUGUUUAGAGGUCUAGGUGAGGUUAAAUUGAUGCGUAGAAGUCUUCGGACUGCUUGGCUGAAAGCUAAUAGUGUUCAUGAAAAGAUUAUAUUUGGGUCUUGGUUGAAGUAUGAGAAGAAAGGCGAGGAGUUCAUUUUUGAUUUGCUUGCUUCUUGUAAUAAAUGUGCUAAAGAGUUUGGGCCAAUUGAUGUGGCUUGUGAACUUGAAGGUGAUUGCGAUUCACGGUCCUCUGAAAGUGUGUCCACUAGUGGGAAUGAUAGUGACGAGACUGUUGUUUUCCGAAUUGGAGAUGAGAGAAUAUAUUGUGAUAGACAGAAAAUGGCUCAUCUUUCAGCUCCGUUUCGGGCUAUGUUGAAUGGUUGCUUUACAGAGUCGUAUUGCGAGGAGAUUAAUUUCUCCGAGAACAAUAUAUCUCCUGCCGGUAUGAGAGCAAUUAGGAAUUUUAGCAGGACUGCGUGUUUAGAUGAAGUCUCUCCUGAACUUCUUGUAGAAAUGUUGAUAUUUGCUAACAAAUUCUGCUGUGAAAGCUUGAAAGAUGCUUGUGAUCGGAAACUUGCUUCACUGGUGUCUUCGAGGCAGGACGCGGUGGAUCUUCUAGAGUGUGCAGUGGAGGAGAAUUCUCCAAUACUUGCAGCCUCAUGUUUACAAGUUUUUCUACAUGAUCUGCCCGAUUGUUUAAAUGAUGAUAGAGUAGUGAAAAUUUUAGGAAAUGCUAAUGGGGAACAGCUAUCCAUUGUAGUUGGACAAGCUUCGUUCUCACUCUUUUGUUUAUUGAGUGAAGUUUCCAUGAGCCUUGACGCUAGAUCAGAUACUACUGUGCUAUUCUUCGAACGUUUGGUGCAAGCUGCAAAGGAUAAUCGAGAAAAAAUGAUGGCGUACCAUCAACUAGGCUGCGUGAGGCUUCUAAGGAAAGAAUAUGAUGAAGCGGAACAACUUUUUCAGCAAGCUGUAAAAGAAAGCCAUAUGUACUCAAUUGCUGGUUUGGCUAGAAUAUGUUACAUCAAAGGCCAGAAGGAUUUGGCAUUUGAGAAGCUUGAUAAUUUGAUUUUAUCCUCUAAUCCCCUGGGAUGGAUGUACCAGGAAAGAUCACUCUAUUGUGAAGGGGAUAAGAGGUGGGAUGACCUUGAGAAAGCGACCGAAAUAGACCCAACUCUUACUUAUCCAUACAUGUAUCGGGCUGCAUCUUUGAUGAAAAGACAAGAGGCUGAAGCAGCCAUUUCCGAAAUAAAUCGUAUUCUUGGUUUUAAGCUAGCAUUGGAGUGCUUGGAACUCAGAUUUUGCUUCUAUCUAGCUCUUGAAAAUUAUGAAGCAGCGUUUUGCGAUGUUCAGGCAAUUCUCACUCUUUCUCCUGGUUAUCGAAUGUUUGAAGGCCGUGUUGCAGCAACCAAACUUCGUUUGCUGGUACGGGAGCAUGUUGAGAAGUGGACAACUGCUGACUGUUGGUUCAAGUUGUACGACCGGUGGUCUUCAGUGGAUGAUAUUGGAUCUUUAUCAGUAAUCUAUCAGAUGCUUGAAUCCGAUGCAGCUAAAGGUGUCCUGUACUUCAGACAAUCAUUACUUCUUCUUAGGUUGAAUUGUCCAGAAGCAGCCAUGAGAAGUUUGCAGUUAGCUCGCCAGCAUGCGUCAACUGAGGAUGAGCGUUUGGUUUAUGAAGGGUGGAUAUUGUAUGAUACUGGGCAUUGUGAAGAAGGGCUUCUCAAGGCGGAAGAGUCAAUAAAGCUCAAGAGAUCGUUUGAGGCUUUCUUCUUGAAAGCUUAUGCAUUAGCUGACUCCAGUCAGGAUCCAUCAUGUUCAUCAGCUGUUAUUACCCUUCUCGAAGAUGCACUUAAAUGCCCUUCUGAUAGGUUGCGGAAAGGUCAGGCUCUGAACAAUCUCGGGAGUGUGUAUGUUGACUGCGGGAAAUUUGACUUAGCAGCUGACUGCUAUGUUAAUGCCCUUAAGAUCCGUCACACCCGAGCUCAUCAAGGCCUAGCUCGAGUUCAUUUUCUCAGGAAUGACAAGGCUGCUGCUUAUGAAGAAAUGACAAAACUAAUUGAAAAGGCGCAGAACAAUGCAUCUGCAUAUGAAAAGAGAUCAGAGUAUUGUGAUCGUGACUUGACCAAGGAAGACCUUGAAAUGGUUACCCGACUAGAUCCACUCCGAGUAUAUCCAUACCGCUAUCGAGCUGCAGUCUUGAUGGACAGCCACAAGGAGAAGGAAGCCAUAGAAGAGCUCUCCAGGGCAAUAGCAUUUAAAGCGGAUGUGCACCUACUGCACUUACGAGCAGCAUUCCAUGAACACAUUGGUGACGUUAUGGGUGCUCUGCGUGACUGUAGGGCUGCUCUUUCUGUUGACCCAAACCAUCAAGAAAUGCUCGAGCUUCACAGUAGGGUGAACAGCCAUGAACCCUGAUCAUUCUGCCAACUUAUAUAUUACUUUUCAUACAGGAUUGGAAAGUAUUUAUACAUCAAUUUGUAUGUUCAUUUCUUGUAAAUUCCCAAGCAUACCAUGUGUAUUCUAAUGAGGUAUCACUCAUUUUUGUUGCCUCAAGUUUUGUAAACUUUAUGUUCACUGUAGUGUAUUAAUCAGUCUACAGAAAUUGAAGAAAUUCUUAUAGCUUUUACAAGGUCUGUUGUCAAACCUCUUUCCUUGUAGGCAUUUACACCUAAUUUUUUUCGGCAUCCAAUGUGUAUCAACAAUUCAACUUCAAUGCUAAGCUGUUCUUCUAAGUUUGAA